AUGGCUGACAAACCAUACUUGGAGCAGCCUGAACUGCACGCCAAAGCACCAUUUCGUGCUGCUUUGCUGACAUACCCUGGUAACCUCAGAGAAGCGCUCCGUCAAGCUCAAGAGGAUCCAACAAAAACAUUACUUGGUGUCGCUCAUGGAAUCCCCAGUGUUUUUGUCACAAAGGUCAUGGCAUCGACUAAACCCGACUUUAUCUGGAUAGACGUCGAGCAUGGCAUGUUUGAUAGAUUAACCUUGCACGAUGCUAUACACGCUGCACAGCAUCACUCUGAAGGAAAGACCAUGGUUGUCGUUCGUGUACCGAAGCACGACGAGGUCAGCCUGUCCACGGCACUCGACGCUGGUGCUGCUGGCAUUGUUAUUCCUCACGUUGAGAGCGCGGACGAGGUCAGACACUUUAUCAAGGAGUGCUACUACCCCCCCAUUGGUCAACGUUCCUUUAGCCCCUGGACGUUCACACCGGGUAUCUCGGACGCUUCUCUCUACAGCGGUGACCCGUUCAACAUGCAGAGUUCCAACCGCCACAUUGUGCUCAUUCCGCAAAUCGAGAGCGUCAAGGGCGUGGAGAAUGUCGAGGAGAUUGCCGCCUGCGAGGGCAUCUCGGGCCUCAUGUUUGGCCCCGGCGACUUCAUGGCCGACGCCGGCAUCCCCCUCAAGCUGGGCGGUCCGCCGCACCCCGGUCUGAUGGAGGCCAUGGGCAAGUUUGGCGCGGCAGCUGCCAAGAACAAUCUGCCGCUUUUUGGUGGUGCACAAACGCCUGACAUGGUUCCCAUGAUGAUCAAGUCGGGAUACAGAGCCCUUGCGGUCACUUUUGAUGUAUGGGGUAUCGCCAAUAUGGUCAAGGAUGGAAUGACCAAGGCGAGGGCGUUGGCACAAAGCGUCAAUGAUCCCCCGAGUGAGGAAAAGGAGGUCACUUUGAUGCGAAAGAACUCAAGCAUUCUCGAAUUCCAGACUCGAUACGCUGUCAUGGUGUUUGAAGCGCUCUUUGUGUUCCACAAGCAGACCUAG